AUGACGACCAGGAAUGGAGGUGUUCGUCACACGGAUACUCUGGCUGCCAACUCUCUGGAUAAGACUAAGGAGGCGUCCGUCGUCACUGAUGCUUCAGCAUCAUCGGCUGUCAAACGUACUUCGGACCUGUUUACGGAGACGGACAAGGACGCGCUUCAGCCGGGUGUGACGGCGCAGCGUGUGCUGGAGGCCGCGCGGAGUUUAACGGGUUCGGCGGUCCCUGCUGCUACGGCGACUUCUACGGAUGGUGCUGAUAAGCCUGUGCCUGCAGAUGGUGCGGGAGGCAACAAGGAGAAUCAGGGGAAGCGUCAUGCUACGACGACUGUUACGGCUACGGAUGAUGAAGACGAAGAUGACGGGUACCUCAGUGAUGACCCGGAAGAGCGGUAUGACGCGUCCGCGAAGAACGAGGUUGCUCAGCGUGUUCGUUUCGCCAUAAUCCUGCUGAUCCCUCUAGCCUUCAAGCCGGAGGUGACGCGGGUUCAGGCGACUCUACGCGCGCUUUUCACCCUGUGGAAGAAGGAGCUGAAGUUUGAGAUCCAAGGAGAGACAAAGUUUCAGGAGCUGUCUGUGGUAUACCUGAACAAGAAGCAGUACAGCCGGCUGCAAGUCACCUUUGAGCGUGCUCGGGACGCGAACUUCGUUUGGAAGCACGGUAUUGUGCACGUGUGUCUGGAUGGAAAGCGGAUCAGCCUCGACUGGCAGCACCCGGUGGAUCCUGCGUACGUGAAGGCGCGAGCGGCUGAUCCAUCGUUGGUGGAGGUCCUGUUUAAGGAGGUGGAUGCUGUUAUCACGCCUGAGAUGUUGCGGGAAAUGCUGGUGACGGUGAAGUUGGAGAAGAGGGGAAGGUCGGCGUUUAAGGAAGUCCAGAUCACAGAUCUGACCAUGCUUAUCUUGAAAGACCCGGCGGUGGUGCUGAUCUCGACUGGAGCGAACCACGAGGAAUGGAUCUGCGUGCAGGAGUGCUGCGAGAAGGCGAAUGGGGUUACCUUUGCUCAGGCGGCAGAGCAUGUGGUCUCACAGAGGCACAGCGAUGGAGUGACGGCUGGCUUUGCAUCGCGCGCCUCAAAGGCUGGCGUGGCGUUGCAGGCGGCAAAGAAGGAGUUCGGAGUGUGA